CGCCGGGUGAUGCAACCGGGGCCUGCGGCGGGGCCGCGCAGCGUGCACGGGCGGGAGCGCGGCCGGCGGGUAACGGGCGCGGGAGCGCGGGCAGCGCCUGGCGCGGGCACGGCGCGCCUGCGGGAGCGCGCAGCUCGGCCGUGCCGGAGCCCGCCGGGGCGGACGCCCCGAACACCCCGCCAAGAGCGCCGGGAGCCGGCAAAGGCCGCGCCGGUGCCGUGCGGCGAGGGUGUGGAACAGUGCCGUGACUGCGGGAAGGGGAGCGGGCCCGGUGAAAGGCACACCGAAGGCAGGAGGCUCGUGCGGGGCUCAGGGUUUGUGGCUACUGGGCGACAAAUAUUAUUGUUAGGGAAAGCAUGUGGAUGUGAGAGCUGCCCCAACAUAAGAACAACCUGAAUGUUUUGUAUGAAACAGGUAAAAAUCCCACCAAACACUUGCUGUUUCCAGAGUUGGAUAUGACAUACAUGCUUUAUAAAUUGAAUAAAUCUCUAAUUCAGUGAUGAGAGCGAGUUUAGAGGUUCACCAGAGAGUAAAGGCCAAAUUCCCAAUCCUUCCCUGUGGGAAAUCAAGCGGACCUCUUCAUGGGAACCUCUUACAGGCAUAGAAGAUGUUGCUGGUAGUAUUUCCUCUGGUCAGGGAAGCAGGUUUCAAUGCAGGUAACUAGUUAUCUCAAAUUCGUGUGUGUUGUGCCAACAGCAGUGGCUUUGUGUGUUGGAAAACACGUUUGUUCUCAGACUUAGCCUGGCUUUGCAAGUCAAAAAAAGCAGGUUUGGGGCAGACAACCACGUGACUGAAAUGUGAUGAUGGAAAUCCGUGUGAAACUGGUGUGCCUGGUUUAACAAUGGUUGUACCCUCCCACUUUCACCAGUGCUGCUAUUUCUGUGAUUUCCUUAUACAAGAGCUGGGAGUGAGUUCUGCUGGAUAUACCUAGAGCAAACACAUUGCCACUGUUCUUGAUCUGAGGAAAUUACCAGGAGCACAUUGUAAGAAACCUUCCACUAUCUAUGGUGUUGUCAAUGACAAAAUGUAUUUUGUCUUGCAACUCAACCAUGUCGUACAUUGGUCUGGAAAAUAAAUUUUCAUAUCUAAUCUUUUAUCAGGCCACAUGGUGUUUUCAAUUUUGUAUUAAAUAUCUCACUUCUGGGAAAAACAACUGAGAUACACAAGGUGUUGUGGGAACAUGAUGCAAUACUUGGUUGUAGUUGCUUUGAUGUUCACACAUGUAUAAUCCCACUUUUAUGAAAAUGAACUAAAAAUACUGGACUUUGUAGUUACUUAGCUGUUUAAAUUAUGCAAUAAAUGCAGUGCAGUGCGUGUAAAAUUAUGAAAAUAGUUUUUGUCACAUUUGAAACAGCCUUUAAAAAGGACUUAAUCCUUGCCAAACACCCUGUCAGAAAUGUGAAAAAAUACACAAAUUGUUGCUUCUAUUUUAAUAAUGAGAUCAUACAUUUUACAUAUUCUGAAGUACUCUUGCUAUUUUGAUUCACUUAUUUGGAAAUUUUGUAUUAUAAAGAAAACCCAGAAAAGUCUAAAGUCUGCAGCAAAUGUCUAAUUAUUGUAGGAUCAUAGAAUGGUUUAGGUUCUAAGAGACAUCAAAAAUCAUUGAGUUCAAAUCUUCCUGCCAUGGGCAGAAACACCCUUCACCAUCCCAGGUUGCUCAGAGCCCCUUCCAGCCUGGCCUCGAACACUUCCAGGGAUGGGGCAUCCACAGCUUCUCUAGGAAACCUGUGCCAGUGCUUCACCAUCCUUACAGUAAAGAAUUUCUUCCUAGCACCUAAACCUCCUGCCUCUUUCAGUUUAAAGCCAUUCUUCUCAUUUUGUUACUACGUGCCCUUGUGAAAAGUCCAUUUUCUAGCUUUAUUUUGGGCCCCCUUUAAGCACUGAAAGCUUCUAUAAGGUUUCCUCAGAGCCUUCUCUUGUCCAGGCUGAACAACCCCAACUAAAAUAGAUCAGAACAUUUCUAGGAAUUGACAUUAUGUCAUACGUCAAUAUAUGUGUAUUGGACAUGAAUAUGUAUUAAUUAAAUAAUGUUUUAAAAUAUUAGAAUUAAAUUGUAACUAGUGUAUUAAUACUGCUGAAAAAACUAUAUCCAGAAUUUUAUUCAUUGCAAUAGUCUCAUUUAAGCCAGUGGUAACUGUUUAGCCACUGACUUUGUAGAGAUGUCUAAAUCAGAGGGGUCAACCCAAAUCUCAAUUUAAAUUAAUAUUCAGUAAGGUAAUCUUGAUACCAAUGGUCAUUGUCAGAAGCCUACAUGUAAUUAUUUAAUUUUAUUUAGGAGACUAGAACUGAGACAUUAUUAAUAUAUUUUGAUUUUUUGGUAGAAGCAAGUUGUUCUAUGUGAAGGAGAAGGGAAUGGGAGGGUUUUUUUGUGCUUUGAAAUGUUGAGCUUUUUUAAAUGUCAAAGCUGU